AUGUCGUUGUUUGGUGGUAGCGCCGCGCCAUCUCGCUCCUCUUAUGUAUCUGAUGCCUCGUCGUCACGUUCUUCUUCUUCUUCUCCGUCUGCACACUCAUCGCCGUCAGUUGAGGAGGUCUCAGACCCGCGCAACGCGCAAGAAGCACCAAAUCCCCAUGUGCCGAUAUCACUCGACAUAGACGAUGACCUAGACACCGAUAGCGGGUCCGCACGGGACGAACCCGACGAAGAGGAAGAAGACGACGGCGACGGCGACGACGGCGACGACGACGAACCAGUGCGCCCGAACCGCUUUCUCGGCCAACCCCAAGCAUGGCAGAGCCUCACCGAGGCCGAUCGCCAGGUAGCAGAUUCGCUCGCUCAGAUCCAAGACACAGAUCUUGCGGCACAUCUGUAUAACGCCCAUGCGCUCAAGCGGCGGUUACGACGACCCGAGGAAGCCACGGCGCAGCUCGAAAACUGGCAGAGUAGGGACAACUGGCUGAAGGCUGGCAAAGACCUCGAAUACAAGGAUGCGGCAGGCUUCGUGCAGACGGCAAUGGUGCCUUCCAAAGAGUGGACGGCAUGGCCAUUGCCCCCAGCAUCACUCUUGGACUCCGACGACGAGCUGGGCGAUAGCAUGGCGGGCGGUCAGACAGUCGAAUGGCCUUCUGCAGGCACAGGCACACAAGAUGUAGGAGAUGAGCUCCGAGACGAACUUCAAGCUGUAUUUUUACGACUGGCCAAAGAGAGAUGGAACUCCCGGGAAGCGGCCUCGUCUGAAUCCGACGCCGGCGACUACACAACAGCUUCACGCAGCGAGUCACGAUCUCAAAGCGCCAGUCGCGCGCAGUCGCGCUCUAUUUCCAUGGCUCCAUUUCCACUGGAAGAUGAAGACGAAGCACGCGACGAUAGCAACGACGAUGAACGCCAUCAUGCGACUGGAAAGAAACGUGGCAGGAAACCUCGUAACGAGAGACUCACCGAGCCGACUUUGCUAGCCGACGACGCGAGAACACAGCGGCUUCUACAGCCAACGAUACGGGCCAUGACGGGAAAGCUAGACGAGCUUGCACUGGCUAUCCGCCGAACUCGUGCCAACCAUUUCGGUCGCGGCGGGUCGGCAGAUUCCUCCAUGAGUGACUUCACAUCAGGUGCAGAGUCGAGUGCGCCGGAGUCAAGGUCUACAUCACGAGCCCGAUCGAAGGGUGGAACAAGUCGCGGAUCAAGCACCCGACCUCCUUCGCGUGCAAGAUCGGCGCGAGCUGCUCACACAGCACAAUCAGGAACAAAGACUGCCAAAGAUGGAAGCAGGCCUCCCGAUAGUGAUGCUACCUCAAGUGGAGCAUCUGACUGGGAGGCGUCCAACAACAUAACCCGCGAACGAAAACGUCGCAGAUCCUCAAGCAGCAUCGGUGGUAGUGAUGUUUCAGAAACACAAGAACUGCAGCUGAGGGAAGGCCUUAUGGAUUGGAGUGAAGUGCUUGGGUUGGCUGCUGUACAGGGUUGGGACAGAGAAGCUAUUGCACGUACGGCUCAGCGUUGCGCCGCUCUGUUUGGUGAGAGCAUGUCAUUUAUGCACUUCCACGAGACUCUUGCUUUGAAGCCUGCUUCCGAGCCUGUGUUCUACACACCUUCAGCUAUACCGCCGCCGGCCGUCUCCUCAAUCCCGCAGCCUCCAACACCUAAGCGACCCUUCUUCCAGAUCGGCACAUUGCGUUGUCCGCAUAUAGAUUGUUAUGGGCAUGAAAAAGACUUUGCUCUACCUUAUCGCGUGGUCGAGCACUGCAUGCGAGUCCACGGCUAUGACCCUAGAACCAACGAUUCUGACAACGAAGAGCGGACGUUUGGUGGUGUGCACAUCGAUGGAUUCCUACAGCCUGUCACGGCGAAGCCAGGAUGGUUAGGGAAUGGGCGGACAAAGGCUGGUAGGGCGAACAAGAUGCAAAAGAAGGGACAAGGUCGUAGUCGGGCUGCAUCAGAAGCUAUAAUGAGCACUGGAGAAUGA